AUGAAGUUUGUUGCUUUAGUGUCUGGAGGGAAGGAUUCGUGCUUCAAUAUUAUGCAUUGCCUUGCACAAGGGCAUGAUUUGGUAGCGUUGGCCAAUUUGUAUCCUAAAGAUGUUAAUGAACAAGAAUUAGAUAGUUUUAUGUUUCAAACUGUGGGACAUGAUAUUGUGUCCUACUAUAAUGCAUGUACCGGAUUGCCACUUUAUAGACAAGAAUUGCAAAAGGGAACAUCCUUGAACGUGAAUAUGAAUUACACAACAACUAAAAAUGAUGAAACGGAAGAGCUAUACAAACUUUUGCAGAAAAUAAAAACUGAUAUCCCAGAUAUCCAAGCUGUUAGCGUUGGUGCCAUUUUAUCUUCCUAUCAAAGAAUUAGAGUUGAAAAUGUCUGUAGCAGACUAAACUUAACAGUUUUAAGUUAUCUAUGGCAAAGGGAUCAAUUAGAAUUAAUGUCAGAAAUGUGUGAAUUUUCUAUUAAAAAUAAUCAAAAUAAUAUUAAUAACGACGUCAUGAUGGAUGCUAGGAUUAUCAAGGUAGCCGCAAUUGGAUUAAAUCAAUCUCAUUUGGGGAAAUCUUUACCAGAAGUUUUCCCCGACUUGGUAAAACUAAAUAAAAAAUUUGAUGUGCAUAUUUGUGGUGAAGGUGGUGAGUUCGAAACAAUGGUUUUAGAUGCUCCCUUUUUCAAAAAUGGGUUUUUACAAAUUGAAAACAUCGAUAAAUCCGUCAAUAGUUCAGAUGGAGUGGCUAAUGCGAAAUUAACUGUUAAAUUUAUCGAGAGAAAAUUGGAUAUUAAUGAGCAAAUCCAACUUUUAAAGGAAAAUUUACCUAAACCCACGCUACUAAAUGAAAAAUGGACGGCAUUGUAUGAUAAAGUUAAAACAGAAGGAGCAGUUGAAAUAGAAAAGAAAGAUAAAAUUUUGGCCAUUUCACCACCUUCUUCUAACAUUACCAGCCCAUGCGUACCUAUUAAAACCUCUAUUAAUUUGUGUGGUGAAAGAAUGUACAUUUCAAAUAUAAAUCCAAGGAACUGGGAGUAUGGUAAUUUGGAGGAGCAAGUGAAAGAUGUUUUCAACCAAUUGGACCAUAUUUUAAAGAAGCAAAGAUUAUCUGUUACUCAAUUCUUAUCGUGUUCGCUUGUUUUGAAAGAUAUGUCUACAUUUACAAACGUCAAUCGAUUUUAUAAAAACUUUUUUAAUAUUUCUUUACCUCCAUCAAGAGCCUGUGUGGCCUCUAAACUGAUUAAAGGCCGAUUACAACUAUCUCUAAUUGCAGACUUACACACAGAUGCUCCUAUCAAGGAUCAAGAAAAAACCGGUAUUGAUCACUCGGACCAAAUGAACGAACAAUUAGAUAGAAACAAAAAUGGUUUGCAUGUCCAAGGCAUAUCUUACUGGUGUCCUUGUAAUAUUGGUCCGUAUUCACAAGCUACCUGGAACCAAGAUUUGAAUAACCAGCUCACAUACGUUAGCGGUCAAAUCCCUCUUAUUCCAUCAACUAUGGAAAUUGUUAACAAGCGAUCUGGUGAAUAUAGUUCUGUUGUGGCAUUAAGACAUUUUAUUACAUUAUGUGAAACUAUUGGAGCAAAUAAACCAAUACAUAUGCUAUGUUAUGUUUCCUGUGAAGAAAUAGUGGAUAUUAUCAGUAAAACAUGGAAGUUAUAUUGUGAUGAAAAAGCUUUUUCAAGUGAUGAUGAAGCAAUCGAUAUAAUUAAAUCCUUAAUAAUAGUAAAAGUGUCACAACUUCCCCGUGGCGCAAUGUGUGAAUGGGGUGGAAUGACUUGUAGAACCUAUCUGGCUGAUCAAGAACUUGAUGUGCAACUUUCUAAAUUGGAUUUAUUGGAUAAUGAUCCUGUUGCUUCGUAUGAGGGGAAAAAUGAUUUUUUUAAUAUAAAUAUUAAAAAUUCAAAAUAUACAAAUAAAUUUUUCACUGGUUUUUUUGAUACAGAAACUGAGUUAAGGAAUUUUUUAUUAAAGUUGGCCACAUUCUCUUUUCCACAUAUCAAAUCUAGAUAUCAGAUAACAAUGUACUUUAAUCCACAUUUUAUUAUGGAAAAUGAUGUUUUUGAUCCUUAUAAUAAUAUCGAAUAUUAUCCUGUAGAAUCAGUAUAUGAUUAUGAAGGAAAUCAAAGAAAAUUUGGAUUAUUUAUGUCUAUUAGUUACUAG